AUGGUCAACAGUACAAACACUGCAGUCAAUAACAGUGGUUUUACGAGCUUCUGGAAGCUAAAAUGGAGAACUUCUAGAGACCCAAAACUGAACAUUAAACAACGACUUCCAAACUCUGUAGACGAUAUCGAGAGAGACUGGGUUAGACAUAGUGCACUAAAAUUGGCUUUUGAGGGUGAUUUUAAGGCACCUAUUCAGCGAUUGCUUCAAGCGGGUGGGAGCGAAGUAUUAGACGUUGGAUGCGGUGCAGGAUUUUGGACAAAUGACAUGGCUGCACAAUUUCCAAUUUCUUAUUUUACUGGUAUUGAUAUCGAUAAAAAUGUACUACCAACAAGCCCACUUAGCAAAAAUGUAUUGUAUCAACGUAUUGAUUUGAUCGAACUACCUUUACCUUAUGAAGAUGCUACUUAUGACUAUAUAUUUAUUCGUUCCAUGGUAGACACGCUUCCUGAUAGUUUAUGGGAUGAUAUCUUGAAAGAACUAGUGCGAGUCAUGAAAAAAGGAGCCUACAUAGAGUGUGUAGAAGCUUAUGAUAACCUAUUUGAUACCGGGCCUGCCAUGGCCACCUUAAAUCAACUCGUACAGUACAGUGUACAACAAGCACCUCAAUCACCUACUAUUUAUUCAUACAACAAUAACCGUAAUUCAACUAUCUCUAUAUUAUCAUCCGCAUCCGCAUCUACUAUUACUACGACUACCACAGCAAGCACAACAGUAGCGCCUGCAUCUAAUCCUUGGCCUAAUAGAAUAGCCAGCUUGAGCCAAUUGACAGGUAUGCAGAUACAUCAUACACAUACACCUGUCGGACUCUAUGGUGGCCCUAUUGGCGCAUUAUUGUUAGAGUAUUGGGAGAGAAUCAUAAAGAGUCUUAGAAGAGAAUGGAUCACAAGCAAACUGAUUGCAGAAGACGAAUUAGAAAGGACAAUAGAAACCAUGAGGGAUGAAGUAAAUGAAUACAACACAUACAUGUCCUGGUAUUCUGUUGUUGCUCAAAAGAAAGGUUACAAUGGUCCUACUAUUCAAUUUGAUGAUGUGGAUGACUUUGAUACUGUUCAUACUACUAUAUAUUAA